AUGGAGGGGCGAUGGCCACCCACGCUCGUUACCUCACCGGUUCACGUGUAUACGAGUGAGGUGGCGCGUGGCAGCUCACACCCCUGCUGGUCCGCCAUACCGCCUGGGCAACUGAAUGCGUACGACACGGCCACACAGGUUGAGCUUGCUUUCUACUACACAGCUGCAUGCCUCUCAAACGUGGUGUCAUUGAUGGCGUCUGCAUCAGAUACCACGCCGCCCACAACUAUUCCUCUCGAUCACAUUGUGCCCGCCGACGUGUGCGUGCAUCGCUGCCAAGUGGACAUGUGCGACGUGGUAUACGCCGGGUCGACCAUGGAGCAGGCAGACGCUACACUGAGCCGAGUGUUUCACCUCGAGCAGCAGCAGCAGCCACAAACUCGAUGCUGCACCAGACCCAUCAUCUUUUUACGAUACACGGACGGCGUCUUUGUCCCGCGCGUGUGCCUGUCAGACAUCUCAGCUGCGGCGACGGCGCUGCUGGAGGAGAUGCGGGCGGCUCGAACUCGCACUUUUGCCCCACGGCCGACGGGGGCCGAGCUGCAACCCACGUCUUUCUUUCCUGCCACGCUUCACACGAUCACUGGCCAAACAUCGAUUGUGGCGACUGCCGCAGCGGAGGGGGCAGCGGCAUGUGAAGAGCUGCCGUGGAGUCGAGCACCGUCUUCCGUUGGCUGGCGAUACCCGCCCACUGCCGUCCCUCGUGCCGGUCUGCUGCGUAUGACCAUAGGGGAUGUGAAGGCGGCAACGCUCGCGACAAUUGCGUGGCAGCGACUGGCGGACCUGACAGAGGAGCGGCAGGCACAGCUGGCAGCGGACUUGAAUCGUGAAGCCGCCGCCGAUCCACUGGAGCGUGCGGGGGAGGCACGGUGUGCCGCACUUCGCGCGCAGCUGACAGCUGCACGCGAGCAGCUGACCCUCUCCACGCUGGAGCUGGAGGCGCUGCGAGAGCAGGUGGAGCAGCGGCAACGGCGGUUGCAGAGGCAAGAGGAGGCCCAGGCCAAGCUGCAGAGCUAUCAGGCUUACACGGUAUCACCCGAGGUGGGAGAGCAAUCAAGGGCCACGGCCCGCGAAGAGGAGGCACAACGCGCGCGACUCCGCGCUCAGCUCGCCAGAAGCCGGCAGCGGCGCGCGCGGGAGCUGUGCCUCGUUUACACGGUGGAGCUUUCGUCCCAGUACGCGAAUGAGGCCUGCGCACGCGCGGCGGACGCGAAGGACCACAUCAACAAGUGUUCGCUCCCGAUCAUGUUUGCUGGACGCGCCGAAGCUGACACUGCCUCGCAUUUGGUGGCAAGCACGGCAGAGGAUAUGCAGGAGGAGGCCAUCGCUCUCGGCCAUGCCGGUCACCUGCUUGUUGUGCUUUCUAUCCUGUACAGCUGCUCACUGCCCUAUCCGAUUGUUCUAGCGAGCGGACAGAGUCGCGUGCUUCAGUCGCCGAACAUCAGCGCCGAGCAGGUGUUGGCAGCUCCUUACACGCUCACCGAUGCGCGCAAGUACCCGCUAAGUUGCCACAAGGUAGCCGAUCGACCUCUCAUGAUGGCUGGUGUGCAUCUGCUGCUGCGCGACGGGAUUGUCCUGGCAAAGGCGAUGGGCAAGCCAGAGCGCCGCGUGCUCGCCUGCUCUGAUCGGCUCGGCGCGCUGCUCGAUCUGCUGCUACACGACGUCGAGUGA